AGCCUUUUGUGCUUGUGGUGCUUGUGCAGCGUCCUUUUUUCAUCAUCUUUUUGAUGUUCAUCUAAAAAGAAUCGGUAGCCAAAAGGUUUGAAACAAGUGGUGCUUUGUAUUUCCGCAACAAAAAAAAAAAGCAUUGCCGUCCUGUUUAACAUUAUAGUGCACUUGAUAAGCGAAACGAAUAGCCGGUAAGUCGCUAAACUGUGCCGCUUACAUCCUCCGAACAGCGUGUGACUGUUUCCGAAAGCAGCGAUGGCCGAUGAGCAAAAACCAGGACCUUCAACCGCAGCUGCUCCAGCGCAGCAACCGGCACCGAAGGACGGUGCCCAGCCGAAGCCUGCUCAGCAGCAGGGAAAAGGUCGGAAACGGAAGCUAUCGGCGAAACGUCAAUCGAAAUCUAAACGCGAAGGUCCAAGCGAGGAAGAACAAGACGCUAAAAAUCUACAGUAUCUAGUGGAACCGAUUCUCCAGACGCUGCAUAGGCUAGAUAAGGCAGACGAACAUCAUACCAUGAGGGCAUUGAUUCACACCCUUCAGCCAUCGCAGGACGAAAUUGACAGGGCGGUAGGCUGCGUGAAGGCUGAUCUGGCCAAUGUUUUGCGCUUUCCUGAUAACGGGUUCAUGAUAUAUGAUUUUGGUUCCAUCAAGUCGGGGUUGGCUUUCCGAGACUCAGACCUGGAUUUCUACGUGCACUAUUAUAAGAAUAAGGAGAGUAAACAAGAUCAGAUCAAGCUAAUUCACGUAGUUUGCAGCCGCAUGCUGCGGGAUGAUAACUUUGUGGGUAUGGUGAAGAUAUUGGGAGCUAAGGUGCCACUUCUGCGGGCCGUUCACAUACCCACUAAUUUGACCUGCGAUAUUAACUUUAGUAAUGCUCGCGGGUGUUACAAUAGCAAGUUCAUUUAUGCCGUUACGAGAUUCGAUUAUCGUAUUCAUGAGUUGGCAGUAAUCAUCAAGUUUUGGUCAAAAUGUGCGUACCUCUUGACGAACCACCGACAGAUGAACAGUUACUGUAUCGUGAUGAUGCUCAUAUUUUAUCUGCAGACGAAAAAGCUGCCACUGCUUCCUUCGGUGCAGGACCUUCAAAUGGGUAUCCCACGCAUCAACUACGGUCCGUGGAAUUUAGGAUACCCCCGGGAUAUCAAUUUCGUAUCGCUUAACAAAGAAUCGGUUCGCAUGUUGCUGGUGAACUUUUUUAAAUAUUACGCUAAUUUUGACUUCGGUACAAACUUGAUUUCCCCUUACGUGGGACGGCUUUGCUCGGUAGAAGAAAUGAAGCAGUCCAAGGUGCGGGAAUUGCAGCCAUACUAUCGAGCUGUCGAGCAUCAAGACUAUCCGCCGUUCAACUUUGGCACGAUGCUGUCGAUUCAGGAUCCGUUCGAGUUGAAUCUUAACAUUGGCGGCGUUUGUAAUUCGGUGGCUCAUUUUGAACAGUUCAAACUCAGCUUCGCGAAAGCUUAUGAGGUUUGCAGUGAAGCACAGAAUGAACCCUUGAACAAACUCCUCGAGAAGCUUUUUACUAAUGUAAAACGUUACCGCAAGUCACACAACUAUUCUGUCGAUCCUGCGAAUAACGGAGUUGUACACUCGAGACUUCAACCGAUUCCACAGUGGAAAAUCUGUCGAAUGCUGCCUAUUGGACAUGAACUAUUUACGGUGCGUCAGAUCCUACUAACCGAGUUAACCGAUAAGAGUAUGAUCAUUACCGAGCAACAGAUCAAGGACAUGUGGGCCGAUUGUAUGCUCGACUUUAUCGAAGACAUCCUGGAGAAAAUCUACCUCUGCCAAGUAACCCGUCUACCGAACGCGGAUCCUUCACCAAGUGUUCCUCCGAGCAUCAAUAGAAAAGACAUUCGUACAAUCCAGCUGAAAUGUGAACGGCAGGUCAUUUUCAAACGUCCUCGGCUUCAGUUCGCCAACGAGGCGGAAUUGAACAACGAAAUAGCCAUCAGUAAGGCACGCUGGGAGUUGAAUAAGGUGAUGGCCUUCACGGCUCAGGUGGAUAUGUUUAAAACGCAGGAUGCUAUCGAGUUCCAUGUCAACGGGGAUGUUAAGAAUGGACACAUUAGACUUUUCGUCGAAAAUUCCUUCCUGGCCCACGUGCGAAAGUGCAUCAACGGUUACUUCAAGCUGAUGCUAACGAAAGCCGAAGAAAAGGUUAAACAGUUGCAGGCAGCUUCCAAAGCCGCCAGUGGUGGCAAUAAGGUUGCAGAGUAAUCGGAUCCUGGUUGGAUAACUUUUAAUAGAACGCAUAUUAAGCAUAUACGAGAAUAUAUUUUGUAGUUUUGACAAAAUUCAAUUCUGGCAAGGUAUGCCUUACCUUUUAAUUUUGUUCAGCAUAAACUCUAUCAUGUUUUAAUUUAUCAUCACGCGUAAGUACAAGGUUAGAUGAGUAACCUCUCCAAAUCUGUCAAUAAUAAAAAUGGCAAAAAUCUCAAAAAAAUGUUUGAAUCGAUUGUAUAGCAAUUCCCAAUCCC